AUGUUUAUUUUGGUAUUAGAUCAAAAAAAAGAACAACUUCGUCAAUUAAAACAAGAACUAGCCGAUUGUCAAACAAAUGGCUAUAAUGGAAAUUUUGCUCAUUCUGAUGGUGAAGAUGAAAAUAGUCGUGGUUCUGGUUUUGCGGACGAUGAUCAAUCAAAUGAUGGAGGUGGAUCAAAUUUAUUAAAAAAUGCAAAAAUAGAUCAUUAUAAACUUAAACCGGAGACCGAUGAAGAAGAUGAGGAUGGUAUGAUUGUUCAACCACCCACACCUGAACGUAUAACUCAUGAAUCAGUUAUUAUUCGAAAACCAGUCAGUCACGAUGAUGAUGAAGACGCAUUGGAUCUUGGCACAAAAGAUGGAAGUGAUAUUCAACAAUCAACGCAAACAAAGCAUAUAACAAGAGGACGUCGUCUUGGUACAUCACAAACGACUACACUUAAUGGACGACUAUUUUCGUCAAACACAUUAGCAAGAGCCAUUGAGUGA